AUGUCAACACAGUCAUCACUUUCGUCAAAUGAGACAUCCAACUUUACCGAGGCGGCUAAUGGAAGCUAUUCCGACGAAGAAUUCAGAAAAUAUGAUGGGCCAUCUCUAGACGGUUGGCCAUAUUUCGAUCUGCAUGGCUAUGGCCAUUGGUCCACUGUUCUGGCUAUAGCCAUAAUAGGUACUAUUGGCAACAUCCUGCAGUUCAUAAUGAUGAGUGACUCCAAGUUAUCUUCACUCUCCUACAGCGUGUACUUAAAAUUCCUUGCUGUGUCUGAUUCCUUGGUCCUAAGUGAAGCUCUAUUUCAGCAAACUCAAAUUCGUUUUAAUUUGCCCAUGGUUGCCGAUAUGAACAAUGCUCUCUGUAAAAUUGUCGUCGGGUACCAGGUAUUCGCGAUGUUGCUAUCGCCAUGGCUGGUGGUAGGACUUACUCUCGACAGAUUCGUAUGCGUCUGUUUCCCGCUGACGAGGGGAAGAUUCUGCACGAUGAAGAAAGCCAUUGCCGUCUGUUCGAGUAUGAUUGCUGCAACCAUCGUGCUAAUUAUACCCAAUUUGGUCCUGACGAAUUUGAAAUAUAACAGAUGUUUACUGUCUGCCAAGAUCAUCUACUAUUUCAUGUUCGUUCGUCUGAUAGCGUCUACAUUGCUGCCCUGUGUUGUUAUCCUCACCCUCAACAUCGUUAUAAUCGCCCGCAUCAAACGUAGCAACGAGUUUCGAAACACGUUCAUAAAGAACAAGGCAGAUUCUACGAAAGACAAUUCAACACGCCCUCUGGUGUUAAUCUCGGUACUGGCUUUC